GUGGGCCCCCCUCCCCGUUCCCUCCAAUCGGUGCCAGCCGGGCCCCGUCCCAUCAAACCCAUAUGGGGACACGGCGGCAGCGGGAGGGCUGAGCGCGGCCACGCACCCCCCGCGGCCCCACAGCGAAGAUGACGUCGGCCACCAAGGUGUACUACAGCCAGACCACGCAGACCGACAGCCGCCCUCUGAUCGGCACGGCGCUGCGGCGGCGCCGCGUCAUGACCAAGGAUGGCCGCAGCAACGUGCGCAUGGAGCACAUCGCCGACAAGCGCUUCCUGUACCUCAAGGACCUGUGGACCACCUUCAUCGACAUGCAGUGGCGCUACAAGCUGCUCCUCUUCUCCGCCACCUUCGCCGGCACCUGGUUCGCGUUCGGCGUCGUCUGGUACCUGGUGGCUGCGGUGCACGGCGACCUGCUGGAGUUCGAGCCGCCGGCCAACCACACGCCGUGCGUCAUGCAGGUGCACACGCUGACCGGCGCCUUCCUCUUCUCCCUGGAGACCGAGACCACCAUCGGCUACGGCUUCCGCUACAUCAGCGAGGAAUGCCCGCUGGCCAUCGUGCUGCUCAUCACGCAGCUGGUGCUCACCACCAUCAUGGAGAUCUUCAUCACCGGAACCUUCCUGGCCAAGAUCGCGCGGCCCAAGAAACGAGCGGAGACCAUCAAGUUCAGCCAGAACGCCGUGGUGGCCCAGCACGACGGCAAGACCUGCCUGAUGAUCCGCGUGGCCAACAUGCGCAAGAGCCUCCUGAUCGGCUGCCAGGUGACGGGGAAGCUGCUGCAGACGCACCUGACCAAGGAGGGCGAGAGCGUGCGGCUCAACCAGCUCAACGUGGACUUCCAGGUGGACACGUCGUCCGACAGCCCCUUCCUCAUCCUGCCCCUCACCUUCUACCACGUGGUGGACGACGCCAGCCCCUUCCGCGACGCGGCGCUGCGGGCGGGCGAGGGGGACUUUGAGCUGGUGGUGAUUCUCAGCGGCACCGUGGAGUCCACCAGCGCCACGUGCCAGGUGCGCACGUCCUACCUGCCCGAGGAGAUCCUCUGGGGAUACGAGUUCAGCCCCGCCAUCUCGCUGUCGGCCAGCGGGAAAUACGUGGCGGAUUUCAGCCUCUUCGACCAGGUGGUGAAGGUGGCGGCGCCGUGUUGCGUCCGCGACACCGUGCGGUUCGGGGACCCCGAGAAGGUGAAGCUGGAGGAGACGCUGCGGGAGGCGGCGGAGCGUGAGGGAGCCCCACUCAGCGUCCGCAUCAGCAACGUCUGAGCUGCCACCGCAACCGGGGCGGCCAACGGCAGCACCACCAGCAACGGGGACGGCACCGGCACGGGGAGAUGCCGCCGGCUCUGGAGAUGUCACCAGCAGCAGCCAUGGAAAUAAUGACACCAACAGCAGCCAUGGAAAUAAUGACACCAACAACAGCCAUGGGAAUAAUGACACCAACAACAGCCAUGGGAAUGACACCAACAACAGCCAUGGAAAUGACACCAACAGCCAUGGGGAUGUCAAUAGCAGCAGCCAUGGAGAUGCCAACACACGGGUGGGGAGGUGCCACCAGCCCUGCAGGUACCAGCAGCACGGGGAGAACGAUGCCAGCCCUGGAGAUGCCACCACCAGCCCUAGGGAUGAUGGCACCAGGACACAGAGAUGCCACCAUCACUGGAGAUGCCACCACCAGCCUUUAAGAUGCCACCAUUGACAUGGGGAAACACCUCUGGCCCUGGAGAUGGCACCACCAGCCCCUGGAGGUGCCACCAUCACUGGAGCUGCCGCCUCCAUCACGGCAGCGGGAUCCACCCCCACUGGAUUUUCCCCACUGGAUUUUCCUGCCCUGGAGGCGCCGCUGCUGCUUCAUUUGCCCCCAUCACAGUGGGGAGCUGCCACCAGCUCAGCCCCCAUCCCCCCCCCACCCCCAGGUCGCUGUGUGGGGCUGCCCAGACCCCCCCUCACUGCUGGCACCACCUCAGCCCACUUAGAGGCAGCGUUGUCCCCAUCCCUGUCCCACCCCAUAACGCUCUGCUAACCCCGGACCCCCCCGGCCCCACCAAGAGACCCAAUGCUGCUGUCCCCAUUGCGGGGGGGGGCUCCAUGGGGGCACACAGCCACCUCCAGCCUUGGGGACCCUCGGUGACAGUUUCGCCCCCGGAGGAGCAGCACAGCUCCACCCCAGCAGGGAAACUGAGGCAGAGCCCCCACCCCGUUCCCAGAGCUGCUGCCCCCAGAGCCAGGGGACCCUCCCCGCGCUGCCCCCCCCAACCCCCCCAUAUCAAUGGGGCUGGGGACACGGGGGUGACAC